CGUGCAUCCAAGAAAUUUCAACAUAACGACCUACCCUGGCGCACACCUACCAUACCAACUGAUCAAAUCGCUGCAUAUACAUCUAACUUCUACCACGAGAACCGUUCUGAGAGAGGAUAUACCGGCAAAUAUGGUGCGACCAAGGCGGUCGAGUGCCGCAAGCGAAGAGAGUGCCGGCGCGCCUCGAGAUCAGGUCCGUUGUUGGAGAAGCGAGGGAAGAACAGUGAUGCUGAUGAUAGUAGGAGCUUGGGAGUAUGUAUGAUUACCUCGCCAAAAUCAUAUUACUUGGGCCAAGUGGGAGUGGAAAGUACGUUGCUCAUUCUAGAUUCCACUCCCUCAACACCAUAAACAAAUCAGAACUAACCGGAAUACAAGGUCUUGUCUGUUACAUCGAUUUGUCAAGAACGAAUGGCGGGUCCUCUCUUCCCAGACCAUCGGUGUCGAGUUCGCGAGCAAGAUCAUAAAAGUUGGCACGGGAGCCAGACGGAAAAGAAUAAAACUCCAAGUACGUUCAUGCCUUCGACCCCUCUUCCCCUCACAGAUAGAAUUAUGGUAUUAACACCCCCAGCUCUGGGACACAGCAGGCACAGAACGAUUCCGAUCCGUCUCUCGAUCUUACUAUCGCGGAGCAGCAGGCGCUCUUCUAGUCUACGAUACCACCUCCCACAGCACCUUUACCGCCCUCCCCUCCUUCAUGAACGACGCUCGCGCUCUCGCAUCCCCCGACCUUACCCUCCUGCUCGUAGGCAACAAGCUCGACGCAUGCGAGAAUGCAAAUUUAAUCGAUACUUCCAUACCACCCAAUACACCUUCCAGCGUUUCCAGCAAAAGCUCCUCUUUUCCCUUCAACGGCAACAACUCCGUGAGCUCGACGUCGAAUAUGAAUCUAGGCUUAGGCUCCCAACUCCGUGCGACGGUUGCGGAUGGGAGGGAGGUUAGUAAAGAGGAAGCGAGCAGAUGGGCGAGUUCGAAUAAUGUCCCGGUCUCGGUAGAGGUUUCUGCGUUGAGUGGGGAGAAUGUAGAUGAGGUUUUUGGGAGACUGGCAAGGAUGAUAUUAACGAAGAUUGAACUCGGGGAAAUCGAUCCUGAUGAUUCGAUGAGUGGGAUACAAUACGGUGAUGCGGGAUGGAGUAGAGAAGGGGAUGGAGCGAGUGUUAAGAGUGGUAUGACGGUUGAUGAGGGGAGUGUCGGUACGAGACAACGUCGGAAGAGAAAGGGAUGGGGAAUCGGAAGUGGUGGGAUGAGGGAAUGGGAGGAGGUAUUCACGUUGAGUGGAAGUAAUCGGAGGAGAAGAGGAGGGUGUUGUUAAUGAGGGAAUGUUUAUGAUUGUGAAUAUUGGUUUCCGUUUCCGUCCCCCUUGUUUUUUUUGAGCCAGCGGGUUUCUUUGGGUGUAUUGGGUCCAUGUGUUGGAUUACGGUUCAUGGCAUUUUUAUGGAAUUAUGAUUUUUAUGACUAGCUGCUUGAAAGUUGGGGGCUUAUACCAUGGUGGGGCUUUUUUAUGUCUUUAGGGAGAGGGAACUGUUGAUAGGUGGUGGUUACAUAGAUAUGAUAGAAUAC